CGCAUCGUUACAAUUGAAGUAGUUCCGAUGUUCUUUUUAGAACAAAAAUUCGCGCCCAAAUGAGUGCUAAGGGGCAGCAUAAGUGUGUUCUCUGUGAUUCAAAAUUAGAUUCCAAAGAAGGAUUACAGGAACAUUUUAGAAAACAUGCAAAUAAAGAAAUAGAUACUCGUGGACGUCCUGUUAGAAAUAAUAAAAAUGGAGAUACCAAGUGUGAUAUGUGCGGACAAUCAUUUGACAGUGUAACUGCAACGAUCAGACAUAGGUUUAAAGUCCAUUCGAAUUCACCAACAAAAUUCUAUUGUCACUAUUGUGGCAUGCAAUUUCCAUUAAAAACUCAUAGAGAUAAUCAUCAGGCAUCGCAUGAUUCCAUCGAAAGAGAAAAUAAAGAUGAGCAUAAAAAGUGUGAGGAUUGCGACGUGAUAUUUUAUAAUAAAAAAGCUUUGGACUAUCAUUAUCGUUCCAUACAUAAAAGGAUGGUGCAUUUAUUUCAACCAAUUGCUACACCACCACCAAGCAAUAAAAUUAAAGUCAAUUCGAUGAACGAUGCUUUGAGUGUUUAUUAUUGUCAUUUGUGUGGCGUAGAGUAUGUUAUAAAAUUUAAUUUACAACAACAUUUGGAACGAGCUCAUACUCAAGAAGAAAGAGAGGCAGUACCAGAAGAUCUCAUCAAAUGUACAGUUUGUGCUGCAUUAUUUUGUAGUAAAAAAGCAUAUGACGUUCACAAUAGUUAUCAUCAACCGAAUGAUUUAUAUGUAACAUCGGAAGAACAGAGAUUACAGACUGUUACAAAAAUUGAUCAAGAUUUUGAUAUUAGAAGGGUCGAAGCAGUAGCUAAUAGAUAUGUUCCCAAAACUAAUAUAUCAAAGAGGCCAGCAAAACAUUGGGCGAAGCAAGAAAAAAUACAAAGGCUAAACAAAUCUAAAAGAGAAGAAUAUUUAUCAUCCCAUAAUGAUCUCGCCGGUGCUAAUGAUUCAAGCGAUUCUGAAAGUGAUCUACCAUUAAAACAAAGACUUUCUAGCUAACAGAGGUCUUCCUCUACUUUUAAAGUCCCUUUAUUAUUUAGAAAUAUUUGCAAAUAUUGAAUUUUUAUUAACAAUCAUUGCAGUCCACCAUUUAUAUUAUAUUUAUGUAGGUAUAACUUUAUUCUCGUUAAUUUCUAUAAUUGAAAAUUUCUUUGUGUAUGUAAAUACAUGUGUAGAUAAUAAUCAUUAUCAUAAUAUAAUAUGUCAUAUUUUAUUUAUAUUAAUAUAUAACAUAUUGAAAUCGUACUUUUCGAUAAUAGCGUCCAUAUUGUAAAUAAUAACGAAUGUUUUAACCAUACUGAUCGCUAUUUCACUCAUUUUUUAAUAUUAUGCACAAAGUCACAUAUUUGUAUCUUUAUAAAU